AACUUAGAAGAAUCUUCAUACUGUGACGAAAGAGACAGCAAUAGAAAAGUAGAAAAACGUCUAGUGGAAGGACGUAUGAUCGUUUAUAAUUAUGUGAAGUUUAAAUUCGUGAAUGUAAUAUUUGUUCCGCCUAAUACACGGACGGAUUAGAACGAAAUUGCUACGUGAAAGUGUUACAUAUUCGAGUAUAUCUUAUUGUGUUGUGGACUGGUUAUUGUAUAGGUUAUAAUAAUACAUAGGCAUGUAAAAUGUCAUAGAUAUAACAAUUGUAAAAGAAGAGUGGCUAAUAAAUUAUUCUCCUGUUAUUUCCAAUAAAUACGGAAGUAAGACAGCCGAAGAUAAUUAGAUAAGUUUCGAUGACUGGUGGCUAAGGUGGAUAUUGCAGCGAAGAUAAGAUCUUUGCGAAUCGUGCAACUCUUUAAUUGCAGAAGUAAUUACUGCAUACCAUUCAGUGCAAUAACGAUGACGACCUUAGACUCACAGACCGAUAAAACUUUAAGCAAUCUUGAUAAGCUUUCUAACACGGAGCUAGCUGAAAUUCCAUCCGAUCAUGGACUUCCUGUUGGAAUAAGCCCGUUGGAAUCUCGGGUAGCCGGACAUCCGUCGUUAGACAUCGAACGGCAGACGAUUGGCAUGUUACGUAGAUCAGACGGCCGUGUAUAUAAACCUGUUGUUAAACCGUUACUUGGGAAAAGGGAAAUCUCGUUUUAUGAAAAUUUACAAAUAUCUCAAGAUCCUGUUAUGUUACAAUUGAAAAAUUAUGUUCCAAGAUAUUACGGCACAACAGAGUUGCAAAUUUUUGGCAGACGAGUAACAUUCCUUACGCUGAAAGAUAUUACCGAUGGUAUGGCGGAACCGUGCGUGAUGGAUAUAAAAAUAGGUAGACGAACGUGGGAUCCUUUAGCCACGCCAGAGAAAAAGGCAACGGAAGAGUUAAAAUACGCCGAAUCUAAACGCACUUAUGGAUUCUGUAUAACCGGCUUUCAAGUAUAUUGCGUUUCUUCCGGCCAAUUAAAACAAUUUGGCAAACAUUACGGCAAGACUCUCGAUGCUAAAGGUGUCGUGGAAGGUAUAUUAUUAACUUGUUAAUUAUUUUAUAGGGAAUAUAUAUAUAUAUAUAUA